AGAAGUCACAGAGCAGGCCCCUCCUGAUGAUGAUGAUGAUUUGCCACAAACUCUUGCCGCACCCUUGACACCAUCUUCAUCGGAGCCUGACCAACCUCAGCCUGGACCAUCUGGAAUAGGUAGGAUGUCACCAGCCUUCUCUGCUUCAGCGGCUAGCACUCCUGAAGCAGCACCCCAACCUCGGCAGACUCCAACUCCAACAGCUUCAUCUCCUCCAAUUCUCGACGUCACUCCCGAAGCUGUGCAGCCCUACCCGAAGGCUCCUCCCCGCCCUGCUGCCAGAGGGCGCAAGAAGAUCCGCGCCUGCAUCCUGACUGAGGAUGAGGAGGCUCUUGGCCAGCUGCGGGAGAAGGAGGAGAAGAAAGCAGCCAGAGAGGAGAAGAAGCGGAGGUCGGAGGAGAAGAAGAGAGAGAAGAAGAGAGAGCAGGAGGCACGACAGGCGGCAAAGAGGAGGAGGAGGUCUGAGCCAGUUGAGGCGAGCAGCAGCGAUGAGGAGGCUGCCGACAAUCCUGCACUGUGUGACGACUCAUCUGAAUAUUCAGAUGAGUUUGCAGAAGAGCUCGAGCAUGAUGCUGCCUCCUAUCCUUUCGUCCAGAAGGAGCCAGAGAUGCCAAGGUCAUGUUGUGUGCCUGGAUGCAAGUCCAAUUAUUCUACUGCAGACGCAUCAGGGUUCAGGUUCCCGGAAGAUGAGCAGCGCCGGGUGCAGUGGAUAAGAGCCAUCCGUAGAGAGGACUUUAAGCCAACAACGAAUACAGUGGUCUGUGCCAAGCACUUUGAACAGCAUUGCAUCCUUACAAAAGACAGUGUUACACGUCCUGACGGAACUGUGAUAACAGCCAUGAGAGGACGGCCGUCGCUAACAAAGGAUGCCUGCCCCACCAUCUUUGAAAACCAGCCAAAUGACUGCUCCGAGGAUGCUCUCUCCCAGUGUGAUGAGAUUGCUAUCAAGAAGGAGGAGGAGGAUGUUUGCAUCAAGGAAGAGCCCAUUGAAGACUUGGACGUCAUCACUGGCUGUGGCACCUUUGUCCCUGUGCUGAAGUCCAAGCCAAGAAGCAACAGCGACCACUCCGAGGAUGCUCUCUCCCAGUGUGACGAGAUUGGUAUCAAGGAGGAGGAGGAGGACGUUUGCACCAAGGAAGACCCCAUUGAAGACUUUGACCCAGUCACUGGCUAUACCAUCUUUGUCCCCACGCUGAAGUCUAAGCUGAGAAGCGACAGAGCUCAGCGUGCCUGUGCUGAACACAAGCGCCGGCCCAGGAAGACUGAUGGUGGUGUUCCUGCCCCGGCCACGCCAGAGGGGACGGAAAAGGGGCUCAGCAUUACCAGCAGUGGAGGGAAUGAUCUUGGCUCGCAUCAUGACAGUCGUGCCAACACAUCUGAUGUCAGGCACGGCAGCGUCUCGGCGGCAGUGCCCCCAGCUGCAGCGAGGCCCUCCACUCACACUACUGUAGGAUCUGGUGGACCAUUCUUGGGAGUCGUGGCCCCGAACUCCUUGAACCCUCCACAGCCAAGUGUUCCCUGCACAACCAUUGGGGCACACUCCAUGUUUCCAGUGAUGGUACAACAUUUGGUGGUUCAGUCUCCAAUUGUUUCACUCAUACCGUGCCCCGCGCCGCAGCCGAUGAUGAUGCAUCCAACCGUCCAGGGCUACCACCACUGGACCCACCUUGCCACAACAACAGCAGCAUUAGCAGCACCAUCAACAGCAACAACAACAACAACAACAACAACAACAACAACCCAACCCCCUGAAAGUGGUGUUCCCCCCUUGUCCUCCACUCCUCCUAAGAAACUCACAAUUCAAACAAUGGAAGGAUUGAACUUUGCGGAGAGUGAAGGAUUCAAGAACAUUGAAAUAGACAGUCAUCAUGACAGCGUAACUUUUAGAACCAAUGUAAAGACCAAGGAGGAAUUUGAGCGCUGGAAAGAAAUCUACUGCUACAGGACCAACACCUGCUUCAACUCCGUAUUCAUCGUUCCUGUGACUGGCAGAUACAAGCACUUCAAAAAACACUUUGUCUGCCGCCAUGGAGUGAAGCAUGCCAACAAGGUGACGUCCACUGGAUGCAAGGUGCAGAUGGAAGUCACAAUUCGGGCCGUGCACAAGAAUAAUGAUGACAAGCUGCUGGAGGAGUUCCCGUGUUAUGUCACCAUCAAGGGGCAGCACAACCACCCCACAGACUCUGCAGACUUACAAGGGCAGCGAAGAUUACUGCCAAGCAUAAAGAACAUGUUUCUUAGAUACUUUGAACAAGGCAUGACAACUGCUCAGGCUCAGAAACACCACUCGAUGAAGAUGGAGCUUGUCGGUGACCUCAACGGACCGGUAAACCCUUCCAUCAGCCCUAACUAUCAAUCCAUUGCAAACAUGCGAACACAGUGGCUGAAGAAGGAGCCCGGCGCAUUGAACAACCUGACCAUGCUUGAUGCUAUCGCGUGCUAUGCAAGUAACCAUCAGGACGUUACCAUUAAAGUUGAUGCGACAUACAGGCGGUACAUUGUCGUGCUGGUGACCCCGUUCAUGAGAAGAGCACACCAGGAACUCAAAGAAGCGGGAGAAGUUGUGUUUGUGGAUGCAACUACACGUGUUGACCAUCUGAACCCGGGUGUUGUACCUCUCCUCUGUGCUGGAGCGGCGGGGGCUGUGCUGUUGGGUGUUCUCUUCACGUCAUCUCAGGAUGAAGGAACUCUUACAAAAGGUUUUGGUAUGAUGAAGGGCUGCUUGGGAGGGAGUGCCUUCUAUGGGAGAGGAGCACCACUUGCAUUCGUGACUGAUGAUUGUUUGCCGGAGAGAAAGGCACUUGCAGCCACCUGGCCUGACGCAAAACUCUUCCUUUCCACAUUCCACACUCUGCACAAAGUUAGCCGCUGGAUUCUGAAUGCCAAGCAUCGGAUAAAGAAGUCCCACCGCCAAGAACUGAUGGCUUUUGUGAGGGCGCUGGUGUGUGCUGAUACUCAAUCAGCCUUCAAUAUGCUGUGGGAGUCAUUCCAGGGUAAUCCUCUUGCACAGGAAUACCCUAACUUCACCAGGUACUUGACCAUGCUGACCCAACGAAAGGCUGAGUGGAGUCUUGCUUUUCGUGCCAGAACAACCUUGCAAGGACACGACGGCAACAGCUUUUGUGAAACAACCUUGCUCUUCAUCAAGGAAGUUGUUCUCAGCAGGUGCAAGGCAUUCAACACUGCUCUGCUGGUUGUGUUCGUGGUCGAGAUCUUUGAUCUUUACAUGCAGCAACGCCUGCUGGAUGUGGCACUGAAGCGGCGACGCGUCAAGCCUAUAAACGCUGCCAAGGUGUCCAUGGAUGUAUUAUCUCCUUUGGGUGGUAAUAAAUUCCAAGUGCAGAGUGACUCCAAUCCAUCCGAAACAUUUACUGUGGAUCUCUCUCUUGGGAUGUGUACGUGCCUCAGGGGAGAGAAUGGUGCCACAUGUAAACACCAAGCAGCCUGUGCAGAGUACGGUGUGACUGUGGCACCUCUGUUGUUUGAGCUUAAUGUCCAAAAUAGACAGUGGUUGGCUGCACUUGCUCUUGGGAAGGACAAAGUUCCAGAAGAAGGCAUCUUCAAAUCUCUGGGGGCUCCAGAGCAGGAUUCUCUGAACACCAAACACAAGGAAGCAGAGUCGAACACUGACGCACCAGAUUCAAGCAAUAGCCGUCAAGAGUGUGAGUCAGCCGAGGAGGUGUCAAUGGAAAUUGAUCCUCCUCAAAACAAUGAAUCUUCUGUCAGUUUAAAAAGUACUCUUCAGGAUGCAGCUCAGUCUCUGGCAAAUACUCUGAUGGAAGUAGUAAAAGAACUGGGCAAUGAAAAAACUUUCCUGGCCCUGACAAAGCUGAAGGAGCAUUUCAAAGCUGUAAAAUCUUCAGAUCAGUUAAACAGCUUGCUUUUAAGCAUGAGUUCAGAAAAUGUAGAGAAAGGUGGAUGUGGCUGCGAUAGGACUCCAUGCCAGCCAUCUUCCACCUCAAGAAGAAAACCAGAUGUGCCAAAAGGAGCCACAGCUUUGUGUAGGAGACAAAGACCUGCAGGUGCCGUGUCCAAGAUGAAGCGCCCCAAAAACUUGGCUCACAGUGUUCUCAGCAAAGUUGCACACGCUAAGUCACACGGCACUGAACACUGAGCUCCAUAUUCUAAAACUCUAACAAUAACUUUAGCAAUGUUAUGCUGAUGAUUGUUUGUACAUCUUACUUGUGAGGUGAAUCAGGACUCUUAGCAAGUAGUUGGCCGGCCCUCUUGAGCAGUAAGAAUCUACAGCUGUCAUCUGUGGUGCUGCAAUGUUUCCUGUGGUAAAUGAGGACAAUAGUAAAGACUUCAUUUAAGAAGCUCAAAGGCAUAUAGUCUCUCUCUCUCUCUCUCUCUCUCUCUCUCUCUCUCUCUCUCUCUCUCUCUCUCUCUCUCUCACACACACACACACACACACACACACACACAGGUACAGUUGCGCUACUAAGUGUUGAGACAGUUUGCAAUGACUUUCGUUCAAAUAAUGCAUAAUAUUAUUUGAAGGGAAGGAAUGUUUAGGAGUGAUUUUGUUAUGGAUACACAAAAUAUAAUAUCAAGAAAGGAAAUAAAUUCAAUAGAGAGGAAGUUUUUACCUUUAACGAAACAUUAAGCAGCUCUGCCAAAACAUUUUGAUACAGUUUUCGUUCAAGACAUUAAAAGAGUCAAAUGAGUUUUAUGUUAAGACUAAGUAUAUAUUUGACUGCACAAAUAUAUUGCUCUUUCUUUGAAUGUAGUGAUAAACCCUAUAUUAUAAAAUAAUAGGAAAAAAUAAUUAGCUGCACUUCAUUUGAUGAAAUGUGAAAUAAAUACUACAUAAUGAACUCGCAUUUGAUGAUGACGUCAUCGGGAACGACAUUCGUGUAUGACUAUAUAAAUCUUGUGUGUGUGAAAUCAGCGAGAUUCUGAAAAAAAUCACAAAAUCAAUUGUCUAUAUUUUUAAUUAACGGUAAAAUCCAAAGAGAAGUAUCAACAAGUGGCCAGACAUAUAAUUCAAAGUUGCACGAGACACACGACAGACGAUGCGAUAUAGCCUAUUGUCUGGGUAGAGGAGAGCUGAUGCUUGGUCAGCGCUGCACUGCUAGCCGACCACUUUCUUCCAUUCAUCACUGUCGAGUUAGUUAUAUACAUCUGAUCAAAAUAAUAUUAUUUAUAACUUGUAGGUAUGAAUAGUGAAGUGACCAUUACUUCGCCCCAGCAACUCUGUAAAUGAAUGUGGCUACAUAGCCUAUCAUUCCAUAACGUUUCUCUUCGCCACAUUCACAUAAUUCACUGUUAACCCUUUCCAUCUGUGACGCAGACGUCGGCGUCACAUAUGGAAAGGGUCAAGAGGAAAUGGAAGAGGAUUAAUCCUCUUCCAAACCUUUCAAUCCUCCUCUAAAUUCCUCUUAAUCCUCUUCCACUUCCUCUUAAAGAGGUUUAGAAGAGGACUAAUGGUGAUGACGUCAGACGCCCUUCGGACGCCGACAUUGGCGUUGCCUGAUUGAAGGGGUUAAGUUUUUAUUGCAUGUAAGCGAACCACUGAUAUUUAUUAGGUGUGUGCAAAACUAAAGAGUUUAAAAUUAAGUAGUUUUAUAAAAGUCGGUGGAGAAUGUUUCCCUGAGGGUAGUUGCCAGAUGUCGCCAGCCUACGCUCCAUGUCCGAAAGAUUAUGAAAACUGUCUCAACACUUCGUAGCACGACUGUACCUCUCAAUAGACGCACUUAACAUCACCAAAUGUGGGGUACAAACUUGGCGGAGGGACUGUUUUGGGGGGCCAAUGAAGGUAACGGGCUAAAGAGUGGCCUGUCCGGAUAUUUUGUUUUUAUUUAUUAAUGAUCCACGAGACAUCCUAGAGUUAAAUCAAAGUAUGUGCUUAUCUUUGUAUUCAUUCAUACACACACUGGUAAUAUUUCUGUGGUGUCUGAUUCACUUAUUAGAGUGAAAUUCUUUUGUGAAAAAGUCACAAAUUCGUGUCACUGAUAAAAAUGAAACUAGUAAGGAAAGUUUUGUCACCAUGAAAUAUACACAAAUAGAUAAAUAUGAAAGCUCACAAAGUCACAAUAAGUGACAUCACCUGCUUUGCGCAGUAAAAGUAUGCUAUUUCAGGUACCUGAUACCCUCAGAAAGGCGUGUGCGCUGCCUCGGGCCUCGGAGCUACAGCCUCAGCGUUGCCAGAUUGUCGUACUCAGCCGAUUAUAUUUCCCGACUUCCUACCCCCAAACUGUCUUCUGGGCUCCAAUAACGAAACUAAUUUAUAGUUAUCGUUAAAAGAGUAAGAUCCUGAUGUUUCUUGGCAAUAGUUAGGCGUCAGAAACCGGUAAAUAUUGUGCUCUGAGUACGAUGACCCGGCAACGGUGGCUAUACGUAUUUUCAUAUUAUUGUUCUGUUGUUUAUUCAAUGUUCUGUUCAAGAAAAAGAAUACCCAUAAUUUUAGUUAGUUUUUGGUUAUAAGGAUUCUUUACGAAAUACAAUUACAACGUUACCUCCUCUACCUUAGGAAACGUCCUGAGUCCUGGAUCGGCUAUAGUGAUGUUAGGUGUGCCUAUUUAUGCAAGUACAUAUUGUGUUCCUGGUGAGCUCACAUAAUGUAAACAAUUUUUCCCAUACUGUAGUGUUAAGCACUGUACAUGUGUGUGUGUGUGUGUGUGUGUGUGUGUGUGUGUGUGUGUGUGUGUGUGUGUGUGUGUGUAGCUGAUGUGUUCACUGCAUGAGUCUGACCAUCAAACAAGUUAAAUCAUGCGGUGGAGGUUAGUGAUGCCAACUCCUCCAUGGCAUUUACAACUCGCCCAUCAGAGUAGCCACAACCCGCUAAAAUAGAGCGGGAAAUACUUGGAAUCUGGAGGUCACCUGGAGGACUGAACCCCUGCUGCAAUUUUUGAUUAGGAUGUUAUUUUGUAACCUAAAGAAAUUAUGUAAGUGAAAGUAUAUGCUGGCUUUUUAACAUCAUGUCAAAUUGAAUUUGCAUAUUUUAAGCUCAUUUAAAACAAGAGGUACCUGCACUGCAU